UGUGUGUUCACUGCCGCUGCUACUGCGUGUUGCGUUUUUAGCAAUGGCUUCGCUCCGACGUGAGGUACUGGGGGGCUAUAGGCGUCUCAUGCGCGUGCGCGUGGUUGCUUUCAAAGACGAUACGACCAUGCUUGAGGCAUCAAAACAACAGCUGCGGAUAGAGUUCAACAAGAACAAGGCCGUCACCGACCCCUCCAAGAUAGGUCAGCAGCACAGCAGAGCAAGAGGGUCGCUUGACCGUCUCUACCGGAUGGAAAGUGCUUGUCAAAUCGCGGAUCGGUUUCUGCAUGUACCUGGGCUCAUCAAGGGCAUCAAUGAAGUGGAGGACAUGCUUAAAUACAACAUUGCACAGGCCAGGCUGAACGAUCGAGGCCACUACGCGGUGAAUGUUGCUCCAAGGACUCCAGAAGCGGCAGGAGCGGAAGAGGGUGGUACAAUCGAGGUGGAACACAUUGGCGGGAAGGCUGGAGAUUUACCGGGGGACGUGACCGUGACCGGAUCGUCAUGUAACACCGCCGCAGCCGAAGGAGGGAGUGAACGGAGCUCGAGAAAAAAGCGCUGAAUUUUUGCACGUACUCGGAAGAGAAAAUGAUUUCAUCUUUUCUACCAGUGAGAUUUUUUCGAUCCAGACCAUUUUUGGAAGGCGGGCGAGGUUGGGAACUGGUGUUCGAUUUGCUGCAAGCCUGUGUAGCAUGAGGCGAACCGCGAAAUAAUUUUUUUUUUGUUGACCUCACAAGGUACUGCAACAAACACGGGACUCAGCAUGAACGCUGCAAAUUGCCAGACGAGGCGUAUCAAACGGCAUUGGUGUACGCCGUUGAAGGUUGGAACCCAAUCAGCUAAUCGACUGAGGGAAGGUGGGGGGAGCUAUGUAGCGACACGAGUCUUGUGAUGCUCGCGACGAUGAUACUUGCUUCGCCCAUGUAUUCUUUGUGACAGCAGUGCACAGGGGAGGCAGUCCAUUCUGUAAAAUACGAGGUUCGAAACAUCACAGCCCGUGGUGCUCGUUCA